AUGAUGAAGACACUCUUUUGGAAUAUUAGAUCUGUGAACACACAACAAGCUUUUUACAGAGUCCAAAUGCUGCACAGACAUCACAAAUUCUCCAUUAUAGCUUUAAUGGAGCCUUUUCAACACUUUAGGCAUAUUCAGGGAUUUAGAAGGAGAUUAGGUAUGAGAUAUGCCCAUUACAACUGCAAUGGUAAAAUAUGGUUCUUUGUAUAUGAUAAUGUGGAUGUGGAGAUCCUGCAGGACCUAGAACAACAGAUUACUAUAAAGCUGCUUUUCCAAGAUUGGAAUAAGUCACUUAUGGUAACUAUGGUCUAUGCAAAGUGUGAUCAUCUGGAAAGAAUCAGUUUGUGGGAUAGUCUGUAUAAUUUGGCUGAUCAAAUGGAAUUACCUUGGUUGGUAGGGGGUGAUUUUAAUUUCAUUAUGAAUGAAGAUGAGAAGAUUGGUGGUUUACCUGUAUAUCUAGAUGAAUAUGAGGAUUUUGCAUUUUGUAUUACUUCAUGUGAGCUGUUUGAUAUAAAUUAUAAGGGGAGUCUAUUUACUUGGUGUAAUGGGAGGGCAGGUAGUGACUGUAGUUUCAAGAGAUUGGAUAGAAUGAUCGCAAACUCUAAAUUACAAGAUGGGUUUGCACAUAUGGAGGUGCAACAUUUAUCCAGAACUGGCUCAGACUAUGCCCCUUUACUACUUACUUGUGGUGAAUCUUCACAUCACAUAAGGAAGCCUUUCGGAUUUCUAAAAUUCUGGACAGAACAUGAAUCUUUCUUAGAGGUGGUUAAUCAGGCAUGGAUCACAAAUUUUGAAGGGGAUGAUUUUAUCAGAUUUAAGCUGAAAUUGAAGAAUGUGAAAUCUGCUUUAUCUGCUUGGAGUAAGGCAACUUUUGGUGAUAUUUUCAAGCAACUGACAGUAAGGGAAGAGGUGGUGAGAAUUAAAGAACAAUGUUUUGAAGAGGAUCCUACCCCUAUGAACAGGAUGGUGCUACAGCAAGCACAAGCAGCAUUGAAAAAUUAUGUUCAUUAUGAGGAAGAAUUUUGGAGAAAAAAGUCGCAUAUGAAUAAUUUUGCUGAGGGUGACAGGAAUACAAGGUACUUUCAUAGUAUUGUGAAUGGUAGGAGAAAGAGAUUGCAGAUCAGAAGAAUUCAGAAUCAGCAAGGAGUAUGGAUAGAAGGGGAGUCACCUUUGGCAGAAGAAGCUUGUAGAUUUUACCAACAGCAGUUCUCUCAAGAGGUUGAUCCAUUAGACUUUGAAUUGCUACAACAUGUUCCUAAUAUGGUGGAUCAGGAUACUAACAAUCAGCUGGUAAGCAUGCCAACUCUAGAGGAGGUGAAGAAGGCUGUAUUUGAAUUAUCUGCAGAUAGUGCUGGUGGUCCAGAUGGUAUGACCGGAAUAUUUUAUUAA